AUGAGGGAACGUAUGUUAGAUCUAUUUAAUUUGAUUUGGAAAAAUGGAUGUAUUCCAAAGGCCUGGAAGAGGGUGGUAAUAAAAUUCCUGAAAAAACCGGGGAAGAAGGCUUUGAGACCCAUAUCACUGAUUUGUUGUUUAGGAAAAAUUUUGGAAAGAUUGGUUAAAGACAGAUUGGGGGAAUGGGCGGAUGUGGAGGAAAUUGUGGACCAUAGACAGAGUGGUUUCACUAAAGGUAAAUCUACCAUGGAUAAUCUGGUAGCGCUAACCAUAGACAUUAAAAGAGGCUUUAGAGAGAAAAAAGAUACAUGUGGAGUCUUUGUAGAUGUCAAAUCGGCUUAUGAUCAUGUUAACCAUAACAAAUUGAUAGAUCUCUUGAAGAGAAGGAGGUGUCCUAAAUUGUUAAUUAACUUCUUGACGAACUGGCUGAAGGAUAGGUCAGCCCUGUGCAGUAGGAAGUAUAGAGACGCGAUUCAUGGUCGGGUUGAAAGAGGCCUACCACAGGGAUCGGUUCUUAGCCCGAUAUUGUAUAAUAUUUAUACUUCUGAAAUAUGCAGAGGUAUGGAACAGGAGGGGGUUAAGGUCCUGCUUUAUGCGGACGAUAUCGUAGUCUAUGUAAUGGGAGAUAACUUAAAUAACAUGAAAGGGAAAAUUGAAAGGGCAGUGGACAUUUUGUUAAAAAAUCUAAAUAAAUUGGGGCUAAGCUUGGCAGAGGAUAAAUCAAAAGUAGUCAUUUUCACAAGGUCUAGAGACAAAAGAAGGAUGGAAGGUGAGUUUAGGAUAGGACGAGAGUGGAUUAAAAAUGAGGAACAAGUCACUUUCCUGGGAAUGAUCUUAGACAGGGCUUUAAAUUACAGGAAGCAUAUAGAGAUGGUAAAAGAUAGAGUUAAAAAGAAACUGGAUAUUCUAAGAUUCAUAGUGGGUAUUAAGAAAGGAGUAAAACCAGGAACAAUGUUGAUUUUCUUUAAGGGUUUGAUAAGAUCUGUAAUUGAAUACGGCCUGUUUGUUUAUUUUUGGGAUAAUAUAAAGUCACUAAAAAAGAUUAUGAGGUUGCACAAUGCGGGAAUUCGCAUUGCUAUGGGAUAUAGAAUAACCACACCAAUAAAUGUUAUGAACACCGAGGCGGGCAUAAUGGACCUAGAGUCUAGGGCCGAGGCUCUACUAGAGAGGUUUGUAAUGAGACAGAGAACAAGAGGAAAAGGGGUAGUAUUUGAAGCCCUCUUGAGAUCGCUGGUGGUAAGAGACGAGGUGGGGACUGAGGAAUGGGAUCCAUGGACUAGAGCAUGGUACAAAGCAGAAGGAAUUGCGGGUAGAAUUCUGAAGGAAGGGGUAGAUAGGGAGUCGAGUAAUAGGGAACGAGAUUUUUUGGAAAAGGGAGGAAUAUUAGUGGACUGGGAGUCAGGAAAAGAAAGGAAAACGGCCACUUUCUCCGACUCCAGCCUAUCUAUAAAAGUAAAAGAAAGAUUAUGGCCGGGAAUAAAUGACGAAGAGAUAAUUGAAAUUUUUACGGAUGGGUCAAAAAAGGACUUUAAUGAAGUGGUUGGGGCUGGUUUGGUAUAUCGAGAUAGGGAAGGGGUUUGGCAAGAGGAGUCAUGGGCCUUAAACAAAAUCACGUCGGUUUUUUCAGCGGAGGCUUUUGCAAUUCUACAGGCUGUGAAAAAAGCAAGGGCAAACUGGGGUAGUAGCAAAAUAGUAAUCUUUACGGAUUCUGCUAGCGUUUUAAAAAAACUAAUGGGUUUUCCUAGAAGGAUGGGGGAUAACCCGUGGAUAAAGAAAAUUGUGAACGAAAUGAUGAAUCUAGAACUUGAAUACAAAAGAUCAGAGAACCAACUUCUGGGCCUACCCUGUUCAGGGAACAGAUUAGGUUUUGCAUGGAUCCCCAGCCAUGUGGGCAUUGAGGGGAAUGAGAGAGCCGAUAUAAUAGCGGGGGAUGCCACCUAUGGGGAGGAGACAUAUGAACAUGGAAUAGUGGAAAAGGAUGCAAUGAACUACAUAAUGAAUAGUGCCUGGGUUAGAAACUAUGAUAGAGCAAAGAGAAAGGGGGAUUUCAAGGGAAUAAAGUAUUUCAGGAUGGAAAAAAAUAAUGUAGGCUCAAAAAAACCUUGGUUUGAUGGGAUAAAUGGAAUAGCAAGGGGUGACCUAGUUAAACUAAGCAGGAUUAGGGCAAAUCAUUUUAAUUUGGGAGAAUCGUUAUUUAGGAAAAAUCUAACAAAUAUGAAGGGAUGUAUAUGCGGUGCUGCAUUGGAGUCUAUUGAACAUGUCAUAUGGGAAUGCGAUAGGUUUUGGGAAAAUAGAGAAGAACUUGAUAGAUUCUUAAUUUCAAAAGGCUUUCCGGAGGGAGCAGAUGUAAUAGAAAUGCUAAUGGAGGGUGACCUAGGUGUAAUCAAGCGCAUUGCCAGGUUCCUAAACAAACUGGGAAAAGUUAUUUAA